AUGGCUGUGGUCGUUGUUUCAAGAAGGAGACGUAGAUAUGAUGAAAGAAGACGCAGAAAACGCAUUUUUCACCCUCGUGUGAACACUUUUGGAAUGAAUGAGGAAACACUCAUUAAAAGAUAUCGCCUAUCCAGCUUUGCCAUUUUGGAGCUGUUGGACGAAAUCAAAGCAGAUUUGGAACCAGCCACAAGAAGGAGUCAGCGAACGGUGGCUAUCACAGCUGGGAUCUCCCAGUCCCGUUUUUCAGAUGUGCUUUCUGAGGUCCUAAAUGCCAUGUUGCGCCGGAUGGUCAAGUUUAUUAGGUUUCCUCACACUCAGAACUCCUUGAAUGAGACCAAACAAGGCUUCUUUGCGGUAGCUGGAUUCCCCGGAGUUAUAGGAGCGACUGACUGCACCCAUGUGCAGCUUGUGCCCCCACAGACACUGAGCAUGUGCAUCAUAACCAACGUUGUGGCCAAAUAUCCAGGGUCAGUACACGAUUCCUAUAUUCUGAGAAACAGUGCUCUGUUUUCCAAGUUGAGAGAUGGCGAGUUUGGAGAUGGCUGGCUUGUAGGUGAUAGUGCAUACCCCCUACACCCCUUCCUUCUGACACCUGUUCUCAACCCGACCACUGCCGCAGAGAACAGGUACAACGAGGCCCAUAUACGCACACGGAAUGUCAUGGAGCGCACCUUCGGAAUCCUGAAGAGCAGGUUCCAUUGUUUGGACCGCACUGGAGGAGCACUGUUGUACAGGCCAGAAAAAGUGGCCCAGAUUGUGGUGACCUGCUGCAUGCUCCAUAACAUCACCAAGCUACACGGACUGGAGCAUGAUGCCAUGCCGGAAGACAACGUCGGCCUGUCCCUCCGUAUGGAGCAACAACCGAACGCUGCGGGGACGCAGACACGCACCAGUCUCAUUCAGAGUCACUUCUUGUGA